CCUAUCUCUGGCUAAUCGUGAGUAGUAGCAGUCAGUUGCCUACAGUCAAGGAAGAACGUUCGUCUAGUUAAUGUAUAACCGCAGAGGUCACUUCAGAGACUGUUCUCCUUCCGCCGGUAGCAUCCCCACAGGAGGAAGACGGAGAACUGAACAUCCCAGUUAAAGGAAUGGCGAGCUUCCAGUUCAGAGCGAUGGCAGAGAGGGGCAAACUGGAUAGUUAAAAACAAAUAAUAAUAAAAAAGGACAGUGACUUCCUCUGUGCUGUAUAAGCCGACCCUUCCCUUCCCAUGGAGCCUGAAGAGGCGUCGGCUCCUGAGGAUGCAGGCUCCAGGCUGAUGCUCCGGGUAGAGCGUCCCGUCUAUGAUGAGGAGUUCCUCAGGACUCAGCUCCUCCAUCGCCAACAGAACCCCACCUCCUUCCGUCAAAAACUCGCUGACAAGUUCAAGUGUUCGUCUCAGAAGGCCAAAGCAGUAGCUCUGAGUUUCCUGCCCAUCCUGACAUGGCUGCCGUCCUACCCAGUGAAGCAGUACCUUUUGUCCGACGUGAUCUCUGGCCUCAGUACCGGAGUUGUGCAGCUCCCGCAAGGUCUGGCCUACGCUCUCCUCGCCGCGGUGCCUCCAGUUUAUGGCCUUUACUCCUCGUUCUACCCCGUUCUGCUGUACAUCUUCUUUGGCACGUCCAAGCAUGUGUCCAUCGGCACCUUUGCAGUCGUAAGCCUGAUGAUUGGUGGCGCUGUAGUGAGGGAAGUUCCUGACAACAUGUUUAUUGGCCCCGCUAAUGUCUCCAAUUCGUCUUCGGUCGACAAGGAUCUCAAUCUCAGUCCCAUCGAUGCCAGGAGAGUCCAGGUGGCUGUUGUGCUCACCACCAUGGUGGGAAUCAUCCAGUUUGUAUUGGGUCUUCUCAGGUUUGGCUUUGUGGCCAUCUACCUCACAGAGCCUCUGGUGCGAGGCUUUACCACAGCAGCUGCCGUGCACGUCGUCAUCUCCCAGCUGAAGUACUUACUUGGAGUGAAAACGGCGCGUUUCUCCGGGCCCCUCUCUGCUGUUUAUAGCGUUCAUGCGGUAUUGAGUAAAAUCACAGAGACAAACAUUCCCAGUCUCCUCCUGGGCCUUACUUGCACCGUGUUUCUGUACGGGAUCAAAGUCCUCAACGAGCAUUUCAAGAAGAAGCUGCCCGUUCCCAUUCCUGGAGAGAUCAUCGUGGUUAUUUUGUCCACCGGGGUCUCUUACGGAAUACCCCUUAAAAGCCACAAUGUGUCUAUUGUCGGGCAAAUACCAUCAGGGCUCCGCGCUCCUGCUGUCCCAGAUUUCUCCCUGGCGCUAAAUUUGAUCCCGGAUGCGAUUGCUGUAGCAAUUGUAGGAUUCUCCAUGACCAUCUCUCUUUCUAAGACCUUUGCCUUGAAGCAUGGUUACAGCGUGGACGGCAACCAAGAGCUGAUCGCUCUCGGCCUCUGCAACUUCUUGAGCUCCUUCUUCCACACCUUUGCCAUCACCUGUUCAAUGUCCAGGAGUUUGGUGCAGGAGAGCACAGGAGGAAAGACACAGAUCGCAGGACUGCUGUCUUCUCUCGUGGUGCUGCUGGUCGUAUUGGCCAUUGGUUUUGUCUUCGAGCCGCUCCCUCAGACCGCACUGGCAGCUAUCAUCAUAGUCAACCUGGUGGGGAUGUUCAAGCAGUUCCGAGAUAUUCCCCCUCUGUGGAGGACCAGCAAGAUUGAACUGGCCAUUUGGCUGGUGUCCUUCGCAGCGUCUGUGCUGUUGGGUCUGGAUUACGGCCUCCUGGCAGCCAUCGCCUUCGCCAUAAUAACCGUCAUCUACAGGACACAGAGCCCCAAAAGUACCAUCCUGGGUCACGUAACAAACACAGGACUGUAUUAUGAUGUGAAUACAUAUGAAGAGGCAUCUGAAUAUGAGGGAAUUAAGAUUUUCCACUCCAACUCCUCAAUCUACUUUGCUAACAGCGACCGUUAUGUGAGCAAACUCAAGGAAAAGACGGGCGUAAACCCCGAGGAGCUGCAGGCAGCGCGGAAAGCCAAAAGGAAACGGAAGAAAAAGGAAAACGAGGAACAAAACUCCUCAAUCAAGAUUUGUGCAAAGGAUGAGACGGAGGAUGCGACCCAGGAGGUCGUGCCUCAGAGCCAGGAGAUGCAGGAGGUAAGGAACGGCGACUCGGAGGACAAACACGGCGAGCCGACCUCUGAGGAGGCCGUCUUCCUUGAGCCUCUCAGCUCGGUUCAUUCCAUCAUCCUGGACUGGACGGCCGUCAACUUUAUUGAUUCAGUAGGAGCCAAAGCCAUCAAGCAGGUCAUUAAGGAAUAUGCUGCAGUUGAUGUUCGGGUGGUCAUUGCUGGCUGCAACAGAACCGUACUGGACCAGCUCUACAUGCUGCAGUUUUUCUCAGAGGAACUGUCCACAAACGUGGUGUUCCCCUCGGUUCACGAUGCAGCCCUGCACUGUCAGUGCUCCAGCUCCAGGCUACCGGCUGCCUCAAGCGAAGCCUGAUCACAGGUUCACGUCCUGAACCCAAAAGGGUCCAACAGGCUGCGACCGUCGGAGCAGUGGACUCGUCACCUUAGCAAUGGUUCACAUUGAACAGGAGUUUUUAAUCUUAGUAGCAUAGAUAGAUGUGCUUUAUAUUCUCAGUAGCUCUGACCAUCUCAAAUGUGUACGAUACUGAGCUUCAUCCCUCUGUAUCCUCUUAGUGGUCCGCAGAUACAGAGUACUCAAAAGUUGCACUUUUAACACCAUUUGUAGUUCAGGGCUACUUCAGACUUGCUGCUGAGUUUUGUUCAAACGAGAGUCCAAAAAUCAUUUCUGGAGGACUUUGAUGUGUGGAGCUAGUGAAAGUUAGCAUCUCAUUGUCUCGCUGAUAACGUCUCAGGUUACUGAUGUUGCUGUGAUCAAUGCGUGUUUAAGUUGAAGACGAUCAAAACUUGACACUUUGUGUAAUGUCUGUUACUGCAUUGCAACAUUUUUGUGCUGGAAUAUUUUAAUGUAAUGACUUUUCAAAAUAAAAAAAAGAGACUUAAA